UCGGCUUCUUCCAACCUUAUAUUCAAAACCUCCAAUCCAUAAUCAUGAACAACGCCCUCUCUAUGCGCCAACCCGUUUCCAGGGAGCAGAACUUCUCCUUCUCCACAGCCUCUAACUCCGCCUCUGCUGGCACUCUCACCUAUCUCCUGAACAACACACGUCCCCUCGACUUCCACGAACAAAUCCUCAAGGCUGUCCGAAGCCCGAUGGCGUUCCCGCAAGAUAUCGACAAUCUCCUCCACGCAUUGGAGAAAGUCGGCAUCAUAAUUGGGGCCGCGCAAGACGCCGCCAAAGACGCCAGGGUCCGCCACUGUGUGCGGUGCCACAAGACCUAUGUCGAGCGAAACAACGGCUUUCAGGCGUGUCAGGUGGCGCACGACAAGCCGCGCUUGAUCAAAACCGGCAUACAAUCCGACGCGAACACUGGGUUAUGUGGUUUCAAAAAUUAUUAUCCAUGCUGCGACCAGAUGGUUGGUACCGAUGCGGGCGCGCCUUCGCAUUACCAUUUUGUGGGAAGGCACACGACGGUGGAGACGAAUGUGAGGUAUAAUCCCACCAACGUUUUGACUUGUGUGAUGAGGAAGUGCGCGGGACAGGGAGCUGCCCGAGAUGUGACGAUCGGCCAAGUUCCUCCGAUGCAGUCAGCUGCCCCCCUCCCCUCUAGACCUGCGUCGAGGAUGGAGGUGUCCUAA